GCACACAUUGUUUUGGAGGCACGGCUCUUAACGCGCUUUUUUUCUUGGGUCCUGUUUCGGUAUCGGCGGCCCCCCCGCUGCAAGUCCUUGUUCCUCGCACGUGCGGAAGCGACCACCAAGGAGAGAGGGAGAGACAGAAAAGCGAACAGUGUACAUCGGCGGACAAGUUUCGCGAAGCGCGCGGCGCCGCCAGUAUAUAGUGUGACUUUCGCUUUUAUCGCACGUGCUCGACACCACCACCACUCAGCGGCAUCACCGCCUCGCCUUCUCUUCGCUGAUUUGGAAUCCGCGUGCCACCGGUCCUCGCCGGCCAGCUCUCCUUCGGAGGAACAAGCUUGUGCGAGUCGCGGCCCGCCUGCUCACAUUAUCGUCGCCUCGGCUCGAAAAACAAAAGUCGGCUCCAGAUUCGGCCACUACAAACCAAGGCUCAGCCUCCGCGAUGACCCUCACGUACCUGUGCCUGGUCACCUCGCUGCUGGUGCUCUUGCUGGCGCCGUCAUGGGCGGAUGCUCAGCCACCCCGCUGUCGCGCACUCUGCCAGAAGGACCCUGGCGAAGACGCCUGCGAGCGCUGCCGGCUGAGAACCUUCAUGCGCUUCGGCAAGAGGGACUCGUCGCGAGCCAUCGCCCUCAUCCGAGAACCCGUGCUCGACGUCCAGUCGGUGCUGCUCGACGACGAUGACGACCGCCCAGCCAGGGCGUCCGGCAACGUCGGCGGCGGAAGCUCGUCGUCGCGCGAGCAGCUUCUCCUGGAGCAACCGGCGCCGGCCGCCCGGCCUAGCCGGGACCGCUACGGCCUCCUGCUCAGGACCAUACGGGACGUCCGGGGACGGAGCGCGGACUAAAGAGGAAGAAAAAAAAAAUAAGGGGGUGGGGCUUUGAUUCAAAUCGUCAUCGUUCCAGCGGUCGCCGGAACCUUCCUCUCUGAGCCUCACCACACACUCCAGUCCCAAAAACGAAGCCCCCCAACCAUCGCGAGACGCUGUACCGAAGCGACGCGACGCGUUCGCUGAGCCCUUGGAUCAACUCGAAAGGCGACCCGUUAUUCUGUAAAAGGACGGCUUUGCCCUCGUUGCCAAGAGUCAGGAGCUGACGGCGCGGCUUCAGCUUGUGCUUUUUUGCCCGCUGUCUCAGCUGUCGUUCUGUUGCUAUGGCGCGCUCUUUUGUCGCUCUUGCGAGUCGUCCGAGACGAGCCAGUUAGUGAUGUUUUUAAUGUGUACGAAGUCGUUUUGUCAGGAAACCAAAGCACGAUGUCUUUUGACGAUGUCUCUUGAGUUUUGUCUUCUCGUUGGUUUCUCCUCUUUCUUCGCUGCAGUGUGAUUAGUCUGUGCGUAAGCGAAUACUUCACCGCGUGUGGCUGAUUAUCUUGCGUAGGAGUUCAUAAACUAAGUAAUAUGCAAAGGUAGUUAUGAUCCCGUUGAUGGGUCGAGAUAAAGCAUCAGUCGUGCUAAUAACAUUGUCAUCAAGGCAUCGCACAAGAUUGACAAUGCGUGAGGAUCUCUAUGCUGCCAAAGCAAUCAUUUUAAGAAGCGCCAUAAACUGAAGAAAAAAAAUGGAAGGGUUUUAGGGGCAACCAAUGUGAUUGUGAAGUCACUGGCCAUGCUUGUCCGGCUGUGCUGUCAGCAUCUCAUAUGCAACCUUUUCUCAAUAAUUGCAAGCGUCCUGGAAAAUGUCACGUCACAGUGGGAGAUUCUGUGCAUCAUAAUGUUGAGGAAAUUUGAGGCACAUACGCGCGCCUGCCGCCUGGGCAGAUGCCUCUCAGAUGCUUGUGAUGAAUUCUCAAUCAAACUUUUCCGUACGCAGUUUUCGGAUGAUGCGGGUUGUAUGAGAGGAUUCGGAGCGAGAGCUUCUGGAGUGUUGCAUAGUGAUGCGACGUAUGCUUUUUUUUUGCAGGGCAGUAUUAUUAGCUGAUUACGGUAAUUGCCGAAAUCGAGAAAUGUUUUCCUUUUACACAUUAGGGUGUCCCAAUGAAGGAAUGAAUUCUGAGAAUUUGUUGCACACCAUUCACUUUUUUCCAUCUCACAUUUUCUGACAUGAAUGUUUUUGCUUUUUAACUAAAAAAGUUGCAAGACGAACUUUGUCGUGGAGUAACUUCUUUUGCUGUAUGUCUUAUAGAUUCAAGGGUGAGAAGUUACUAAUGCGCUUUGUUCAUCCGCAGUGUACGUCGGCGUUGUACGUUGAAUUUUAACAUGGGCACACAGUAUUGUCAACAGAUUUCAAUAUGCGUGCCAUAUACCGCAAUACUGUGAUCGGGUUUAUUUUUGCAAAACGCAAAACGAGAAUAAAAAUGUGAAAAAGCCGCGAAAGGACUUGUUCUGCGGUGGCGAAGACUGUUCAUAUUCUCUCUUUGAAACUCGACUUUAGAGCAUAAGCGCUUGAAUGGUUGAUAGAGAAAAAUAGUGCAGCAGACGACAGAAAUGGGGCACGUACAAAUUUAUUGUUCGCCUGCUGCAUACUGGUUUUACAGAGAGACAUUAUUUAUUUAGUCUGCCUUUGAUGUAUUUAUUUAUCUAUUUUAUCCAUGUACCGGACUAGUUCAUCGUAACUUAUUUAUCAUUGUAUGUUUUUUAAUUAAGUUGCUUGUACGCGAGCGUAGUCAAGAGACAUAAUAAAGACGAGUGGGGAAAUUUUCUGAAUUUUGCCGUCUCAUGUCAUAAAUUGGAGACACGUACCACCGUAGUUAAUAGAAAAGGGGCAGAUCGGAGCUGUUGUAUCGGAUUCCAAUAGCUGUCACAUUUGUCAGCGUUUUGUUGCAGAUGCUGUGUCGUUCCAAGAGUUAGUGAUGAGAUUACAAGAGGACUUUCAGUAAUGCAGUCAAAAUCUUGACGAACAGGUUGUUUCGUUUGUUCAUUUUCUAAAUUACGCUUCUAGAAACUGAGACAAAAGUGUUCUGUAGAUACGAGCCACCUAAUCACAAUGGCAGAGAGCUAAUGCAACUUUUUUUUUACCUGUUAUUGCCGUUGGCCAAUGGCUGGGAUUAGCAGAAAAAUUAUAUAUAUUCUCAGCUUUUCUUGGGAGAGUAUCCUGAGAUCUGCGCAAUAACUAUUGGAUAAGGGUGCAACGUGUUUUCGUGGGCGUGGCAUCGUUAGAUCUGCCGCCAGCAAUAUUACACCGUUUUGUUUACUUCCCAAGAACCGCGGAAAUUCCGUUGCCAAAAGCAAUAUUGAAUAAUCCCUUUGGGCAAGCAAGAUGUUUGCACACUCUCUGAGCUCUGGCAAGUAGGACUUCAUUUAGGCGUGAAAAAUAAGGCACGGCUUAAAAUUACGAAUCUACACAUUAUGCACCAGAAACGAAUAUCUAGGGUCAGUGUGCGGUCAUGUUUAUUCCAUUCGGGAUAUCAACACUUGCUUAAUUCACCAGAAAUUUCGGCUAAAGUAAAUAACGAUGCUCUUCCCUCACACGAUGUGACAAGCGAUGGGAAUAACACUGCGCAGAAGCUCGUUUCCUCUCGAUUCUUUAUCGCUCCCUUGUUUGACUACUUUGCUGGUUUGUACGAGAAAAACACAAGUUAUUUAUAGAUUGUGUACAUAGUUAUUUAUUUACGUGUUGUUUCUGUCACGUCCAAUGCUUUUCGUGUUAGCUAUUUAUUGUACGAUGCGAGUCUGGAGUUAUGUCGUGUAUCUAGUGUCUUUCAACGUGCAGGUGUCGUUGUUGCUGGAUGCUCCACGGCACGUUUACAGUGAUUUCUGCCAAGUUUCGACAUAUCUGGCACAUGUCGAUCGUUGCUGGGCCCGGACCGGCUGCGGUAGCGAAAACGUAUUCUGUCAUGUCGGCAGAUGAUAUUGUAUUGAACGGAAUGUUGCAAAUGAAUGAAUGAAAAAUGUGCGCACGAUAUCAGUGCGACACAAGAUUCUUUUUCCUUGUUCUCAAUAUUUAUUUAUUUCAUCGUCGAGACGGAAACUAGAAAUACAUGAAUAAAAACACCCUUUAUUCUG